AGCGGCACAGGGGAGCGUGGGACAGCCUGAGCUGCGCUGAAGGGCAGUGGCUGCAGAGGAAGAUGGAGACUGGCAUGAACCUCCUGCAUGACAUGGGCAUCCAGGCGACCCACUGGCUGCAGGAACAUUUCCAGGGCUCCCAGGACUGGUUCCUCUUCAUCUCCUUUGCCGCCGACCUCAGGAACACUUUCUUCGUCCUCUUCCCUAUCUGGUUCCACUUCAGCGAGUCAGUAGGCAUCAGGCUCAUCUGGGUGGCCGUGAUCGGUGACUGGCUCAACCUCGUCUUCAAGUGGAUCCUCUUUGGGGAGAGACCAUACUGGUGGGUCCACGAGACGGACUAUUACAGCAACACCUCCGCCCCAGAGAUCCAGCAGUUUCCACUCACCUGCGAGACCGGCCCUGGGAGCCCCUCUGGCCACGCCAUGGGCGCAGCAGGUGUGUACUAUGUCAUGGUGACAGCCCUCCUCUCCACUGCCAUGGGGAAGAAGCAGUUGAGGACGCUCAAAUACUGGGUGCUGUGGAUGGUGCUUUGGACAGGGUUCUGGGCAGUUCAGGUCUGCGUCUGCCUGUCCCGAGUCUUCAUUGCUGCCCACUUCCCCCAUCAGGUCAUUGCGGGGGUCAUUUCAGGGAUGGCUGUGGCCAAGACUUUCCAGCAUGUCCGCUGCAUCUACCACGCCAGCCUCCGCCGGUACCUGGGCAUCACCUUCUUCCUCUUCAGCUUUGCCCUGGGCUUCUACCUGCUGCUGCGGGUGCUCGGCGUGGACCUGCUCUGGACGCUGGAGAGGGCGCGGAGGUGGUGCACCCACCCCGAGUGGGUCCACAUUGACACCACCCCCUUUGCCAGCCUCCUCCGUAACCUGGGCAUCCUCUUCGGGCUGGGGCUGGCCCUCAACUCCCACAUGUACCUGGAGAGCUGCCGGGGGAAGCAGGGCCAGCAGCUGCCCUUCCGCCUGGGCUGCAUCGCCACGUCCCUCCUCAUCCUACACCUCUUCGACGCCUUCAAGCCGCCCUCCCACAUGCAGCUGCUCUUCUACGUCCUCUCCUUCUGCAAGAGCGCAGCCGUGCCGCUGGCCACUGUCAGCCUCAUCCCCUACUGCAUCUCCCAGCUCCGGGCCACACAGGACAAGAAGGCUGUCUAGGGGCGUCCCUGCAGGUAAUGGUGUGCCCGGGCAGGCGGCCCCCCCCAGCUCUGGGCUCAGGGACAGUCACUGGACCCUAGGUGCACCCCAGCCACAGUUUGCUCCCCGCUAAAUCUGCACAGACUGACUCCACACUGGGAGCAGACUGUGAAGGCUGGGCUGGCUGUGCUGCCAGAUGGCUCCCGUGGCGUGGACCCGCAAUGCUGGUCAUGCUGUAAGCUGGGGCAGUCUGUGGCCAGCCAAUGGCACAGUGAGCCCUGUGCUCCCAGGGCUCUCCUGCCGCCCUUCCCGCACCCACAGGUGGGGUUCAUCAGCCUGGGACCCAGUGGCAGCAGAGGGAAGACCCUGCGCUCCCCUGCAGCUCAUGGGGAUGCGCCACCUCCAUGCUGCAGGGCUGGGGACAGCAGCACUGGGAGCAGGGUGCUCACCCAUGGGUGCUCGGGGUCUGCUGGCGAGGCAGCUCUGUUACAGCAAUGGGCAGACACUGUGAUUUGGAGGUAAAGCACCGGCUUGUGGGAGCCCCAUCCCAGUCCUGAGGUGUUCAGUAUUCACUGCCGUGUGAAGUGGCAUGGUGUACAUAUCUGCAUAUGUGUGUACACAUACAUAAUGCAUAGCUAUAUACACAUAUACAUAUGGGUGUAUCUGUAAACGAGGUAUUUUAUUAAACCUGAAGGUGUGUUUA